AUGCCACUUGACCCUGAGGAGGAGAAAAUUUUUCAUGUUGGUGAAAAAACCAAAUACCAAUUUAGCCAAGUAAUUACUCGCUAUCUGGUUAAAAAUAACCUUUCAGAAGCAGAAAUAGCCAAUCGGCUCGGUUUAGAUAAAAAUGCUACUGCUAAACUAUUGCGGGGAUAUGUGGAAAAUUUUUCUUUGGAUAGUUUAAUUGCUUAUGUGGACAAAUUACAUUUACCUUUACAACAAGCACAAAGCACAAACGCAGAUGUGCGAUAA